GUGUGAUUGGGUGGUGGUGUGGAUGAUGAUGAGACGGAGGUGUAUGGUGGGAGAGAGAGGAAGAUUUCUCAGUAAGUUGGGGGAUGAGGCAGGAUGAGGCUGCUGGGUUGGGUUGUAUCUGUUUCGUAGAUGAGGAUCUGGAGGGCUGCUGCUGCUGCUGGUCUGUGUGAGCUCCGCCUGGGCUGAGAGCGUGUUGUCGCUGGUUGGUCAUGUGAGUAACCCGAGCAGAGGGGCUUUCAUUUAUAUUCACUGUCAGAGCAGCAGAACAGCUGUUAGCUACAGUCUGCCGAGAAGACCCCCAGGACCCCUGCCGCCGGCUGCUUCGUUCACCAUCUCGCCAUGAGUGUUUUCUGACGCAUUUAGAGAGCUGGGAAAGAGGAGGGGUUGAUAAAAUCCAGGAGAAACGAGGAGAAAACGCUGAACCUGCGGAUUAAACACAGAGAGAACCCGCUACAGCUGCUGCUCCGCUCGGGAAAUGAUGUAGAUCAAAGAGCGACAGGGCAACGCCCACUGACCCACUGCCUGAUGUAACGCUGAGUGUACUACUGUACGUGCUGACGUUACCAUACACUCUAUACCUGCAUCUGUAGACAACUUCUCAUCUAGCGCUCCUUCUAAAACCCAGUGGAUUCGUUAAAGUGAGUGUGUCUCUUCUGGAGGUGUUACUUUACAUGUUAAGAACAUUGCUGUGAGGAGGAUCAGAUUGCAUCCAGCCACACUAGCCUCAAAUAGGUCUGGUCCUGACGAUGUUGGGUGAUUGGUUCUGGUACUCAAACUCAUAAUAAAGGUAUUGGAUGGAGCUUAUUCACCCCAAAGGAUAUGUUUCACAACUUUUUCAACAGUAACAUUUUCCACAUUUUUGGAAAGGCUUCAUAUGACUUCUUUGAAACAUUGCUGUGAGGAGGAUUUGAUUUCAUUAUUUCUGGUGCUCGAAAUCAUCAUGAAGUAUGGCUGAUUAUCUAAUAAGUGGGGGCACAGGCUACGUUCCUGAAGAUGGCCUCACUGCCCAGCAGCUCUUCUCCAUAGGAGAUGGUCUCACAUACAAUGAUUUCCUAAUCCUGCCCGGCUUCAUUGACUUCACCUCUGAUGAAGUGGAUCUGACCUCUGCUCUGACGCGAAAGAUCACCCUGAAGACCCCUCUUAUUUCUUCUCCAAUGGACACUGUGACUGAAUCCUCCAUGGCCAUUGCUAUGGCUCUGAUGGGCGGGAUUGGGAUCAUCCAUCACAACUGCACUCCGGAAUUCCAAGCAAAUGAGGUUCGGAAAGUUAAGAAAUUCGAGCAGGGCUUUAUCACAGAUCCAGUAGUGAUGAGUCCCCGGCACACUGUUGGAGACGUGUUUGAGGCCAAGAUCCGACACGGCUUCUCUGGGAUCCCGAUCACUGAAACCGGCAAGAUGGGCAGCAAGCUAGUGGGCAUUGUUACGUCACGAGACAUUGACUUCCUCUCAGAGAAGGACUAUGACAGGCCAUUGGAGGAGGCAAUGACGAAAAGAGAAGAUUUAGUUGUUGCUCCAGCUGGAGUUACACUAAAAGAAGCAAAUGACAUCCUGCAGCGCAGCAAAAAAGGUAAGCUGCCCAUUGUGAAUGACAGUGAUGAGCUUGUGGCUAUAAUUGCUCGCACUGAUCUGAAGAAGAACAGAGACUACCCCCUGGCCUCGAAAGACUCUCGAAAACAGCUGUUGUGUGGUGCUGCAAUUGGUACUCGUGAGGAUGACAAGUACCGGCUGGACCUGCUCAUGCAGGCUGGAGUUGAUGUGGUGGUGCUGGACUCAUCUCAGGGAAACUCAGUGUUUGAGAUCAGCAUGAUCAACUACAUUAAACAGAAAUACCCUGAGCUACAGGUGGUGGGUGGCAAUGUUGUAACAGCUGCUCAGGCUAAGAAUCUAAUCGAUGCUGGUGUGGAUGCACUCAGAGUGGGCAUGGGCUGUGGAUCCAUCUGCAUCACACAGGAAGUGAUGGCAUGUGGCAGACCCCAGGGCACCUCUGUGUACAAGGUGGCGGAGUACGCUCGGCGUUUUGGAGUGCCAGUAAUAGCUGAUGGUGGCAUUCAGACAGUUGGGCAUGUAGUAAAGGCUCUGGCUCUGGGAGCAUCCACAGUGAUGAUGGGCUCCUUGCUAGCAGCAACCACUGAAGCACCUGGGGAGUACUUUUUCUCGGAUGGAGUACGGCUGAAGAAGUACCGCGGUAUGGGCUCUCUGGAUGCCAUGGAGAACAGUAGCAGCCAGAAACGCUACUUCAGUGAGGGUGAUAAGGUGAAGGUUGCUCAGGGAGUAUCUGGCUCGGUUCAGGAUAAGGGCUCCAUCCAUAAGUUUGUCCCUUACCUCAUUGCUGGAAUCCAACAUGGCUGCCAGGAUAUUGGGGCAAAGAGCCUGUCCAUCUUACGAUCUAUGAUGUACUCUGGAGAGCUGAAGUUUGAGAAGAGAACCAUGUCUGCUCAGGUGGAAGGAGGCGUCCAUGGCCUGCACUCAUAUUCUUUUGUGCCAUUUAUGAAAAGCGACUAUACUGAGAGCGGCAACAGAGGACAGUCAAGAGCUUUCCCCAACGUUCCGACUCCAACUGUGACCAAACACAAUGGAUUUAUGUGAUUUCUACACGCCCUACUCCUUUCCUCGUCACCCUCCUUCCCUCUGGUCAUCCUUCUGGGAAGAAAUGAUGGUGUAUUGUUCCUCACCUCUGAUGUGAGCAUCAAUAAGGACCCACGGCAAAGGUGUGCAGAUACCUGGAUACCGGCCUUGCAACACAGACACGAAGAGUUCCUGUGCACUUUCUGCUUCUAUUAAAGCAUAAAACCAUCUCAGUGAGGCAUCCUGGCUUUCUCUGUGUAGACUAUCAUGUCAUUGAUAUAUUGAGAGUCCUUACCAGUUUAAGUAAACGUCCUAUUUUCAAGAACCAACAUUAUUAUACAGAUUAUACCAUGCACAAUUUCCAGAAACACACACUUACUUCUCAAGAGUUUGACCAGCAUUGUCAUCACUUUAAGCAAAAUUUGUCUUGUGGGAUGUCUCACUUUGUGGGUCCUCUAGCAAUAAGCUUUAAUAAUGUGACAUGACCUGACUGUUUUUUAAGGCACUGAAAGAACUGGGGAUCUGAAUGGAAUGAAUGUAAACUGUUGAAUACUGUUGAAGUGCAUGGUCUAGUUCACAGGCUGCUCAUUUCAGGAUGCUUCUUAAGGCCUUGGCAUACUUCAUGCAGAGACAACGUUUGCGUGGCUUCAGCGAACAAUGGGAUGUAAUUGCAGAGAAAAGUAAUAGUCGCAGACGUCGCAUAGGGGCUUCGCUCGCCCAACUUUGUGGAUGAAGCCACAGAAAGUAUGCCAGCUCAAAGGCUGGCGAAAGCCCGCUCGACUUUGUGCAAUGCUCACAAACUUUGUUUUGCUGGAAGUAUGCAGAGGCCUUCAGGGUCUCCAGUUAGACAGCUAAGACUAUGGAACCAGAAGCCAAGCAUUAGCCUUAAAGUCAGGGAUCCUCUAAACCUGCACGCCUUAUGAAUGUUAGCAAAGUGUGGAAUUAUCAUCCUACAAUUGGAAACGAUUGUAGUGUUUCAUUCAGGCAAUGAGGGAUGAACAAUGAGUCUUGACCAAUAGAAAUAAUACAAAUUUCAGACGCUUGGUGUUCACACGCUUUGGGUUGAGUCAACUCACUGAGUGAAUCAAUGAUUCAAAACACAGCCAUGGAGUUAUUCACACUGAUGGACACUAGAUUAGUUUUCUGAAUGCAGGUUUGUGACUGAAAAUUGAGAAAUAACGCACUAAACGAGUCGCAGACGAAACUUUGAAAUAGCGAUUAUUAUUGUUUUCCACAAUUAAUCACAGAUCCCGUUUUAGAAACAGUAUACAUUUUUUCUAUCUAAAUAUAUGCUUUAUCUUACCGAGUGUUUGUGUCGAAAGUGCUGGAACAGUGCCAGAACUUUUUCCGGUACGAGCCUAGUCCUCGGACUGAGCAAAAUGUUGAGAAAAUAUGCCCACAUUAGUUUGUGGAAGGCGCCGGUAACCAAGAUAAGACGAAUAAACAGUUUAGAAAUUAAACUGUAAUUAAACUGUAAUUAAAACUGUAAUUUUUAAUUAACCAAAUUAAUUGUGAAAAUCGUCCAGCACUAAUAGAAAUAUAUACUGACAAACAAAAAUAACAUACACAUCCUUGGCCUGCCUGGUUGCCAGAUUGAUUACUAAUCUAAAAAAGCAUUUAUGGGACCGGCUUGGACAGCAGCUUCAGCAAAUUAUGAGUGUCAUAACAUAGUUUGCAACAUUAAAACAUUUCACUUGAUUCCAACAACUUCUUGUCAAUGAGUGUACAUGUACAUAAUAAUGUGUAAAUGUAUAUAUUAAUAUGAUAUAUAAUAUAAAUAAAAUACUAGAAAAUAUAUAGAAAUGCUAUUUAUAUAUGAGUGAAUGAUUACAGUGAAAACAGCACUGCAGCAUAAUGGAAACAGAGGGCUUUCUUAGUAGGCUUUAAACAUUCCUUUGAC